AUUCCCCUCUCAAACCCGUAUUUUGUUAAUCUCAAUUCUAAACACUUACUUAUUUGUUGUUUUAUCAUUUCUAUCUAAAACCAUGCAGUCUUCAAAUAAUAUUACAGGGGUAAUCCCAUUUCCAUAUUUAGUCCCUUCAAACCAAAGUACUCCGUACCCCUACAAUCCCAAUAAUAAUGAAUUAUCCACACUCCAAAUAAACAAAUACACAAACCAAUUAUACAAUCUCCAAAUAUGCCCACAACUUCAAGAUCAAUUAUUCACUCAAUACCCAUCAUCAUGUUUUAGCAAUAACUCAACAUCAGACGAGGCUGAUCAUGAUGAACAACAGCUAACUAUCAUCAAUGAGAGAAAACAGAGAAGGAUGAUAUCUAACAGAGAAUCUGCACGUAGAUCGCGUAUGCGCAAACAAAGACACUUAGAUGAGCUUUGGUCACAGGUUGUUUGGCUUAGGAAUGAGAAUCAUCAACUCAUUGAUAAGCUGAAUCAUGCAUCUGAAUCCCAUGAACGUGUUCUUCAAGAGAAUCUUCAGCUUAAACAACAAACAUCUGAGCUUCGUCAGAUGAUUACUGACAUACAAAUCGGUAGCCCUUACUCUAGUCUUCAACAUUUUGAGGAGAUUGUUAAUGGACCCUACCUUGAUCAAGAUGAAUCUCCAAACUAGUCAGAUUCAUAGUGUAGUCAGUCAUCAAUUAGUAUUGUGCACAUCUAAUACAUGUGCGUUAAACCAACUCGGGUGUCAUUGUUCUGUGUUCAAAUAUUAAUAGGAGUUUUUUAUCAAAUCACCGGGAUAUAGUCUAGACAAACCCGAGUAUAAAUUAAUUAAAUUAAUCACCUGGCUUGUGUUUAGUUUCUUAAUUAGUGAUAAUUAAUAUCUUACUUAAGUAAUUAAAUCUGGCUCUUUAUUAGGUUAGUCAAUUGGUUAUUGCCUGAUCUUCCUCUUUUUAAGGUGUGUCUUACUCGAGAAAUAGUGUAGGCAAGACACAUGUUGAAGUGCAUU